GUGCAGCGAGGGCGGGCGCAGUGCCGGAGCCGGGGAGGGGCUCCUUCAAGAAACGCCGCUGCUGCUCGCCUGCUCGCUGGGCGCUGGCAUUGUGGCCACCAGCCGGGCGCUCGGGGCCACGCGCGGCCACCUCUCCAGCCUUUCGCCCAUCCGAACUGCCGGCGGACCUGGGCGGGGACCCCGGCGGGGCUCCUGCAGCCGCUGGCCGGUACGCACGGCCAGCGCCCCGAGAGGACCACGGCGCCCUCGGCGACUGGCUGGCCUUCCCGCCCCUGACCGCCCGCGUCCCGGCCGCCUUUGUGCCGGCAUCUCGCUCCGCCCGGGGAGCCGAGGGCCGGCGGGGGCGCGGCGCGCACGGCCGCGCGAUGCCCAGCUCGCUGUUUGCAGACCUGGAGCGCAACGGCGGCGGGGGAAACGGCGGCGGGGGAGGCGGCGGCGGCGGCGGCGGCGGUGGUGGCAGCAGCGGCGGGGGUGAGACCCUGGACGACCAGAGAGCUCUGCAGCUUGCUCUCGACCAGCUCUCCCUGCUGGGUCUGGACAGCGACGAGGGCGCGUCUCUGUACGACAGCGAACCCAGAAAGAAGAGCGUGAACAUGACCGAGUGCGUGCCAGUGCCCAGCUCCGAGCACGUCGCGGAGAUCGUGGGGCGGCAAGGUUGUAAAAUCAAAGCUCUGCGGGCAAAGACCAACACUUACAUCAAGACCCCAGUGCGCGGGGAGGAGCCUGUCUUUGUUGUGACGGGCAGGAAGGAAGAUGUGGCCAUGGCUCGGAGGGAGAUCAUUUCUGCAGCGGAGCACUUCUCCAUGAUCCGCGCCUCGCGGAACAAGAACACGGCCCUCAACGGUGCAGUGCCCGGGCCACCCAACCUGCCGGGGCAGACCACCAUCCAGGUGCGAGUGCCCUACCGCGUGGUGGGGCUUGUAGUGGGGCCCAAGGGCGCCACGAUUAAACGCAUCCAGCAGCAGACGCACACAUACAUCGUGACGCCCAGCCGAGACAAGGAGCCUGUGUUUGAGGUGACAGGCAUGCCAGAGAAUGUGGACCGCGCGCGAGAGGAGAUUGAGGCACACAUUGCCCUGCGCACCGGUGGCAUCGUCGAACUAACCGAUGAGAAUGACUUCCACGCCAACGGCACUGACGUGGGCUUCGAUCUGCACCACGGUUCCGGCGGGUCCGGCCCUGGCAGCCUCUGGAGCAAGCCCACCCACAGCAUCACGCCCACCCCAGGCCGCAAACCCUUCUCCAGCUACCGCAACGACAGCUCCAGCUCUCUCGGCAGCGCAUCCACAGACUCUUACUUCGGUGGGGGGACCGGCGGUAGCGCGACCGCCACCCCACGCCUGGCGGACUACAGCCCUCCCAGCCCUGCACUCAGCUUUGCGCACAAUGGGAACAACAACAAUAACGGCAAUGGGUACACGUACCCAGCUGGGGAUGCCCCAGCGCCAUCUCCCGACGGCUGCCCGGAGCUGCAGCCCACCUUUGACCCGGCACCCGCGCCCCCGCCUGGCGCGCCCCUUCUUUGGGCCCAGUUCGAGCGGUCCCCAGGAGGUGGCUCUGCAGCCCCGGUGUCGUCCUCCUGCUCCUCCGCGUCCUCGUCCGCCUCUUCGUCCUCUGUGGUCUUCCCUGGGGGUGGCGCCAGCGUGCCCUCCAACGCCAACCUGGGGCUUCUAGUGCAUCGCCGGCUGCACCCUGGCGCCAGCUGCCCGCGCCUGUCUCCACCCUUGCACAUGGCCCCGGGGGCGGGCGAACACCACCUGGCUCGCCGGGUGCGCAGCGACCCGGGCGGAGGCGGUCUGGCCUACGCCGCGUAUGCCAACGGGCUGGGGACACAGCUGCCUGGUCUGCAGUCCUCGGACACGUCGGGUUCCUCUUCGUCUUCCAGCUCCUCCUCCAGCUCUUCCUCCUCUUCAUCUGGGCUGCGGAGGAAGGGCAGCCGCGACUGCUCAGUGUGCUUCGAGAGCGAAGUGAUUGCCGCGCUGGUGCCCUGUGGCCAUAACCUUUUUUGCAUGGAGUGUGCCAACCGCAUCUGUGAGAAGAGUGAGCCCGAGUGCCCGGUCUGCCACGCUGCGGUCACGCAGGCCAUCCGCAUCUUCUCCUGAGGCUGCUGCACCAGCGUGCUCUGUGCGCGGGGACCUGGUCCCUUCUUCUUGGGCCUCUUCCCCAGCGCCUGCCGGCGGGCCUCCGGAUGCCCUACUGUCCCCUCCUCACCCACUCCACACUCUGAGAUCCGACAGGAGCUUGGGAAGCUGUAGUAUCCACUCAGUUUUAAAAUAUAGUUUUGAAACAAAGGAACUUGCCAGCUUAUCUACAUGGAGAGUACUGUAGCCUGGGAAAUAUGAACCACCCGAAAUGCAUGCUCUAUAAAUAAUAGGAACGGCAACAUUCUAGUGAUGAUAGUUUUUACACUGUACUUAAUAGGAAGCUUCCAAAAGAAGAGAACCCCACAAGUUUUCCAUUUUCUUAAAGUAGGAAGAGACGAACAAUGAUGAUGAUGAUGGAGAGGAUGGGAAUAGUGCUAUGGGAUGUGUGGACUGUCUUGUGUGUUCCCCUCCAUGAGUGGAUUCCUCUGAUGCUCAGUGUGGAACACAAGUGCAUCCUUUUUGAAUGUUCGUGGAAGGGCCAGGAGUUCCUGUGAAACCAGGAUACUGCAGCUUUAUUAAAGAAACUGUAACAUAUCUCUUAUAUAUUAAAAACCUUUAAAAGUUUUAAAGAGAAAUUGCAUUAAUACAGAUUGAAGUAUUUUAUUCUUUUUUGACUUGAAAAAUUAUAUUUCAUAUUGCAAAGAUGUUUACAAGUAUUUUAAUUUAAGUUCAGUGAACUUUUUUGUAGCUGGGUUAAAUCUUUUUAUUUUAGUAUGGCCUUAUGGCAAAGAACACUGUAUUAUUUUAAUAAUCACACAGUUGUGACGGAAUUACAAACCAUAAAAUGUGUAACGUUUUGAGCAGUAUUCUGUUGGGAUGGAGAUUUUAUAGGUUCAGACAAAUCUUCUAGAUCUGCUUCACCCAGCAUAUUUUCUAUUCAGUGAUAUAAAGCAUAUUUUAUUCUAUAUUAUUACAAAAAACGGAAAUGUAUAAACACGUCAAAAGGAACUGUUAAUGCUUUCUAACAUUUGUAUAAAUAGAAUCCAGUGCAAGUUACAAAAAUUCUGUUGCACCACUAUAGUUUUAGUAUUUCUAUUUUAAUACAUUUGUUUACCACUCGUUUAUGUAUAUGUAGGUGAUGUUACUUGAGCUUAAAUGUACUUUACUGAGCAAAGUUUAAAAAACAAAGUAUAUUUUAUUUUAUGAUAAAGGGCCUUUAACCUCAUGGUCAAAUACUAAUAUUAUAUUUGCUGAGACAAGAUUUGAAAUUGUAUCAAGAGUUUUAUUUUUCUGACAUUUAAAGUUCUACAUAAUAAAGGUAAAACUUAAGUAAUGGUGCUACUUCAUUUUUUAAGUAUUUCUAUAUAAAUAAAAAUAUUGAAGAAAAUA